AGCAGAAGUUUCACAGCAACUCCGCUCUCUCCAAACACACACUCGGAAAGGUGAAGCUCUGCCGCCUGGCGUGGAUAAAUUACAUGUGACAUGUUUAGCAGGGCUGCCUUUUAUGGCGCACGCUCUAUCUCAGCACGAGAGAGUCCAGAGAGAGAGAAAGAGAGAGAGAGGGAGAGAGAGAGAGAGAGGGAGAGAGAGAGAGUGAGCAGCAGAGAGUCAGUGUAAGAGGAUCGUGAAGGGUUCACUUGCUCUCUUUGCAGCAGUCACUGGAGUCCGUACUGUACUGGAGCGGAGUUACUGCUACUGACAGACGUGCCUUUGACACCCGCUGCUGCUUGGACUGCUUGAAAGGGCAACACCCCCCCACCCCCCGCCCCCUUUUUUCCCGCUUCUGCCACCUGCUUCAGUGCCAAGUGAUGUCCGCAGUCCUGGAUGAGAACGGCCUCUGCUAAGCACCUGGUCGCCACAGCAACACCCUCCGCCCCCCUGCUGUGUGCCCCCAUGUUGCUUCUGGAGUCUGUGUCAUAAGGACAGAUUCAGGCAGUGUGUGUGUGUGUGUGUGUGUGUGCGUGUGUGUGCGUGUGUGUGUGUAUGUGUGAGUGUGUGAGUGUGUGUGUGAGUGAGUGAGUGAGUGUGGGUGAGAGGUGACUGCUACUGCCUCAUUCCACACCGCCGACUCUCUCCCUUUCUGCCCCCGCAACCACACGUAAUCAAUAAUGAGUUUCACCAUCCGUCUGGUCUGGCAGCGCAGCUGAGGAGAGACUGAGUGACAGCGGGACAGAAAGAGAGACGAGACGAGACAAGACGAGACGGAGGCCUCCGUAGAUAGAGGCUUCAAAAAAAAACAAACACAAAAAAAAAAACAGGUCACAACAAUGGGCCUCUGACUUUUGAUUUCUGAGUGCCUACAAACAGAAAAAGCCAAAACACAUCCAAAUCCGGUGUCUCUUUCUGAGGGCACUAACCCAACCACCAACUAGACGCAAAGCCCGUCUGUGCCAUCAUAUCGUCUGGAUUUUUCGGGUUUUUUUCUGUUUUUCCUUUUUCCUUUUGAUUUUAAGCCAAAAUGGCGGUUAAUGUGACGCCCAUCCGGGACACGAAAUGGCUGACGCUGGAGGUGUGCCGUGAGUUCCAGCGAGGCACGUGUUCCCGACCCGACUCUGAAUGUAAGUUCGCCCAUCCGGCCAAAAGCUGCCAGGUGGAGAACGGGAGAGUCAUCGCCUGCUUCGACUCCCUCAAAGGCCGCUGCUCCAGAGAGAACUGUAAGUAUCUGCAUCCUCCGCCCCACCUAAAGACGCAGCUCGAGAUCAAUGGAAGAAAUAAUUUGAUCCAGCAGAAGAAUAUGGCCAUGCUGGCCCAACAGAUGCAGCUGGCCAACGCCAUGAUGCCUGGCACACAACUGCAACCUGUGCCAAUGUUCUCUGUCACGCCCAGCCUGGCCACCAACGCCACAGCACUGGUUAACCCAUAUCUGGGCCCUGUGUCUCCGGGCCUGGUGCCCACUGAGAUCCUGCCCAGUGCACCUGUAUUAAUGACCAGCACCCCUAACGUCCCUGUGCCCGCUGCAGCCGCUGCUGCCGCCCAGAAGCUCAUGAGGACAGAUCGGCUGGAGGUGUGUCGGGAGUACCAGAGAGGUAACUGCACACGGGGCGAGAACGACUGCCGCUUCGCUCACCCGUCCGACAGCGCCAUGAUCGACACCAACGACAACACAGUGACCGUGUGCAUGGACUACAUCAAGGGCCGCUGCUCACGCGACAAGUGCAAGUACUUCCACCCUCCGGCACACCUGCAGGCCAAGAUCAAGGCCGCGCAGCACCAAGUCAACCAGGCGGCCGCCGCCGCUGCCAUGACUCAGUCGGCUGUCAAAUCACUGAAGCGACCCCUCGAGGCAACCUUUGACCUGGGGAUUCCACCCGUUUUGCCUCCAUUACCAAAGAGACCCGCACUUGAAAAAACCAACGGUGCCACGGCCAUGUUCAACACUGGCAUGUUCCAGUACCAACAGGCCCUGACCAACAUGCAGUUUCACCAACAGGCGGCUUUCAUACCAUCAGGCUCAAUAUUGUGCAUGACACCCGCAACGAGUGUUGUUCCCAUGAUGCACGGUGCUUCGGCAGCCACUGUGUCAGCAGCCACCACAUCCGCCACAAGUGUUCCCUUCGCAACAGCCACAGCCAAUCAGAUUCCAGUAAUAUCUGCAGAUCAUCUGACUAGUCACAAAUACGUGACUCAGAUGUAAGACUUCAAACAAUCACAUCCAAGUGUGCUUGUGUGCCGUCCAAAUUUUAGGAUCCACCCUUUACACACCAACCAAGAGCAGAAGAUAAGAAAAAAGUCAUGUCACCAUUCCCUGGAAUGACGGAAACACGCAUGCUAAUACUGUUAAGGAUUUGAUAUAGUUGAAAGUUUAAAAAAAAAAAAA